CCCUCCCCAAUGACGGAGUCUGAUUGAACUUGCUGGCUCCCACUCGCUCUGCCCCAGUUUUCCUCAGGACAAAUGAGAAGCACUACUCUCCAAGUGCAAGAUUUUGGGAAUAUGUGUCAGAGAUGCCUGUCAGUAAAACAUCCAUCUUGCCCUAAUUUCUGCAUGGAGUGCUGCAAUGUCGAGUGAAAUAACCUUCCAAGCUGGCUCUGGUGCAGAGGUAUUUUGGCUUAUGUUAUUGCUGAGAGCUUUCUUUCUGAUGAGCUCUUUCUGCCUCUCUGUGUUUCUGAUGUCUGACUCUCUUCACUCUUCUUUUUCCCUUGGGCUGGGAUGUGUGCUGUUUGCAAUGCAUCAGGAAGUAAUACGCAAUGAGAAAACUCUCAUCAUCUGUGCAUCAGGGAGAGAAUUACUGACUGAGUGCUGAGCAGUCAAGUUAUUGAUUCAAACCAAAGCCCAGUCUCUCUGUCUGCUGGGCUGGUUACAUCCUGCUGGUUCACUGCAUUUAAUCGGAUUCCCCAAGCUGCCACGCAGAGGGGGCAAGUUAGAGCCAGAUCCAUCUAUAAUGUUCGCCUCAAAAUCCAGCUCUGUGUCCCCUUCUCCGUCCAUGGAACAGGCAGAUUCCGAUGCUCUGGACAUCAGCACCAAAGUGCAGCUGUAUGGUGUGCUCUGGAAGAGACCCUUUGGGAGGCAGUCGGCCAAAUGGUCCAGGAGGUUCUUCAUCAUUAAGGAAAGCUUCCUGCUGUACUAUGCUGAGAGUGAGAAGAAGAGUUUUGAAAGUAAUAAGUACUUCAAUAUCCAUCCCAAGGGUGUCAUACCCCUGGGAGGCUGCAUUGUGGAGCCCAAAGAAGAGGCCAACAUGCCUUAUGCCAUAAGGAUCUCUCAUGAAGACUUCCAUGGUAACAUUGUUCUAGCAGCUGAAUCAGAGUUUGAGCAGGCUCAGUGGCUGGAGAUGCUACAGGAGUCUGGAAAAGUAACCUGGAAGAAUGCCCAACUGGGAGAAGCCAUGAUUGAGAGCCUGGAAGCUCAAGGACUGCAGCUGGCCAAGGAGAAACAAGAAUAUUUGGAUAAACUAAUGGAAGAAACAGAAGAGCUAUGUCUGCAGAGGGAACAAAAAGAGGGUGCAUUCCUGUCUUCUCUUUUGGAGCAGGAACUGGAGCGUCUGAACCAGAUCCUGGAAGCAGAGAAGCAGCGUUUUGAAGAGGUGGUGCGGGAGCUGCGGCUGGAGCAGGAGGAGAUCAGACGGGAGCUGGAGCUCACAGCCCGCUCCCUUAAAGGAGUGGAGGAAGAGAAGAAAGAGUUGCGAAGCCUGACAGAGUCCUUACAGAACACCCUAGAGGAGCUCUCCCUGGAAAAACAACAAAUGCUGGAGAUGCUGGAAGAAAAUGAGAGCCAAGUCCCACCUCCAACCAGCCCCAGCAAGGAGCAAAGCCCCAUCUGGGGACUGCACUGCAGCCUGCGACAGAUUGAAGAGAAGAUGCAGCAACUUCUGCAGGAGAAACUCCUGGCAGAGAAAAGGAUGAAGGAGAAUGAGGAGCGGUCUCGAGCACUGGAGGAGGAGCGGGAGUUUUACUCUUCCCAGUCGCAAGCGCUGCAGAACUCGCUCUCGGAGCUGACUGCAGAGAAACAGCAGGCAGAGAGAGACCUCAAGGCUGAAGUGAAGGUACGCAUGGAUCUGGAGAAGAGACUGAGAGAGGCUGAAGAAGCAUUGCAGAGCUUGGAGCAAGGCUUAAAUUCUCUGAAUUUCAACAAGGAGAAAGAGAAGAAGAUGAAAGCAGAUGUCAGUAACUUGAGAAAGUUCUUUGAAGAGUGCAUCCGCAAUGCUGAGCUGGAGGCCAAGAUGCCUGUGAUCAUGAAGAACUCCGUGUACAUCCACAAGGCUGCCACCCGCCGCAUAAAGAGCUGCCGCUUCCGCUGCCGGAGAACCAGCACUUCCUGGAAUGACAUGAAACAGUCACAGUCCUUCAUCUUCUCACAUGCAGAAGCUGAAAACAUUGAAGAGCUGAAAGAAGCAGCCAAAAGACUGAGCCGGGACCAGCGCUUUAGGAAAACUAUCUAUCAAAUAAUGAGGUCACAAAAGGAUUCUGCUUCAGGGGACAAAAAGUGACUCUUCUUGGGAGGGGGCUUCUGAGCUCAACCUGCCAUUCAGCUCUGCAAAAGUUACAGCCUUGGGCACUAGGCUCAGAAGGGAGAUUGGCAUUUGGGUGGGGAAGGUGGGGGAGAGGUGUGUGUAGGCAAUCUCUUCAGUUAUUGGCUUUGCUUUAGUUUGAGUGCUCCCUGCAGCCUGGCAGACAUUGUCUGCUGAUCACUCCAGACCUGUUUGCUUCAGCUGCUUGCAUUAAGCCAUGUUUUGCCAAGAUGCCACAGUCAGUGUUAAAGUGAACCAGAGACCGUUGCUUAGGAAGUG